UGAGACAGAAGCAGAAGGACCACGCUGUAGGAUGUUACAACGGGGUGCCGCUGGCCGCGGCACGGCGAGGGGCGUGGCAGCGACAACGCACGCUGCCCGACCCUACGUGCCGCGGUGGUCGCGCGCCGCUGCCGCCCGCGUCGUCCGCGCGGCGGCGCCCUCGCCUCCCCCUGCACAGGACACUGCCCGGGGCACGGAGGCCGCAGGCCCUGGCCCCUCGUCAAGCUCGGCUGGCGGUGGCGGCGGCGGCGGCGCUGGGGGCCCGCUGCUGUCGCUGUCCGCAUUGUUUGGCCGUGGCGGUGGCCAGCAGCAGCAGGGCCCCACGCCCGAGGUCCGGGUGCCCCUGAACAAUGUGGGCAAGGUGCCCAUCUUCCAGCUGCUCUACGAACUGUACUCCAGCCACGGGGGGGUGUUCCGCAUGCGUCUGGGCCCCAAGUCCUUCCUGGUGCUCAGCGACCCGGGCGCGGUGCGGCAGGUGCUGGUGGGCGCGGUGGACAAGUACAGCAAGGGCAUCCUAGCUGAGAUCCUGGAGUUUGUCAUGGGCAAUGGCCUGCUGGCGGCGGACGGGGAGCACUGGAUCGCGCGGCGGCGAGUGGUGGCGCCAGCCCUGCAGCGCAAGUUCGUGUCCUCGCAGGUGGCGCUGUUCGGCGCCGCCACCGCACACGGCCUGCCGCAGCUGGAGGCGGCGGCGGCGGCGGCGGCGGCGGCAGCGGGCGACAGCCGCGGCGGCGGCGCCGCCAGUGUCGACAUGGAGAGCUUCUUCAGCCGGCUGUCUCUGGACAUCAUCGGCAAGUCCGUGUUUGAUUACGACUUUGACAGCCUGAGACAUGACGACCCAGUCAUACAGGCCGUGUACUCUGUACUGCGGGAGUCCACAGUGCGCUCCACUGCGCCCUUCCCCUACUGGAAGCUGCCCGGCAUCUCGCUGCUGGUGCCGCGCCUGCGUGAGAGCGACGCGGCGCUGGCCAUUGUGAACGACACGCUGGACAGACUCAUUGCGCGCUGCAAGAGCAUGCUUGAGGCAGAGGGCUCCAUUCCCAUGCCCGCCUCCCCCUCUUCCCCAUCCUCCUCCACCGCCACCUCCUCCUCCGCCCCCUCCUCCCCCUCCGCCCCCCUGGAGGAGUCGUCUGCCCCCACGGUGCUGCACUUCCUGUUGGGCAGCGGCGAGGCGCUCAACAGCCGGCAGCUGCGUGACGACCUCAUGACACUGCUCAUCGCGGGGCACGAGACCACCGCGGCGGCGCUGACGUGGGCUCUUCACCUGCUCGUGGCGCACCCGGAGGUCAUGAAGCGCGUGCGGGACGAGGUGGACUGGGUGCUGGGCGACAGGCUGCCUGGGUCCGACGACCUGCCGCUGCUGCGCUACACGACGCGGGUGGUGAACGAGGCGUUGCGGCUGUACCCGCAGCCGCCCGUGCUCAUCCGCCGGGCCAUGCAGGACGACGUGCUGCCUGGCGGCCACGUGGUGGCGGCCGGCACCGACCUCUUCAUCAGCGUGUGGAACCUGCACCACAGCCCGCAGCUGUGGGAGCGCCCCGAGGCAUUCGACCCGGACAGGUUCGGGCCGCUGGACUCCCCGCCGCCGACCGAGUUCAGCACCGACUUCCGCUUCCUGCCCUUCGGCGGCGGCCGCCGCAAGUGUGUGGGUGACAUGUUCGCCAUCGCCGAGUGUGUGGUGGCGCUGGCGGUGGUGCUGCGCCGAUACGACUUCGCGCCCGACACCUCAUUCGGCCCCGUGGGCUUCAAAUCGGGCGCCACCAUCAACACUUCCAACGGCCUGCACAUGCUCAUCUCCCGCCGCGACCUCACUGGAGUGCCGCCGCCCGCGCCGCGAGCCCCGGCGGCAGCAGCCGGCGCCGCCGCUGGCAGCUGCCCGCAUGCCGCGGCGGCGGCUGCAACUGCGGCGGCGGCGGCGGCGGUUGGCUGCCCUCACGCCGCGGCUGCGGCGACCUCUGGUGCUCCCGCUGGAGUAACACCGCAGUAACACUGCACAAGCAGGAGGUGUCACCAGUCUCAGGAACUAUUCUUGUCACGUGUAUAGUAUACGACAAAGUAUUGGGGGAGUUUGAUGUUACGAAGAAGCUAGAAACUGAACACGGUUAGAAGAGUGAACGCCGGCCCCUGUCAGGCCGCGAACCUUUGCACGCACGCAUUAGCUGGAGCCCUGGAUUGGAAUCCACUUGUGCAUAAGUCAUGCACACCAUGAGGUGGGCAACUCUGAUAUUGACGGGCUGUGAUAGAUAUCGUAUGAAGGACGUCGAGGGUCCCGUGUUGCCCAUCAGAAGUCCAGAACGCAUUGCUGGUUGCUGGUGAGUGACUUGGGUGAGCGGUGAGAGUUUAAGAUGGUCUUGCGCUUCGGCAAUAUCGGUGGGCGGUUGCGCGAUGUGUGUAAGUGUGUUGGGCAGGAGCGCGUCAGGCCGCGGAGGAUCGUGAGGUUGUGGCGGGAUGGGGACACGGAGCCAAGGACAUUCCAUUUGCCUUAGUGAGGGGCUCAGAGCGCCGUCCUCUGGAGGGCGCCGUCCUCCUUGUGGACGGGUCACAGUUGUGUCAGUUGGAAGUAUGUUCCGUACCGUACUCCGCGAACCGGCGGGACCGCAACUCGAUCAUAAUU